GCUGCGGUGGCGGCCGGGGCCGGGGCCGGGGCCGGGGCCGGGGCCGGGGCCGAGGAUGUGGCGGCGGCGGCGGCUGCUGCUGCUGCUGCUGGCGCUGGCCUGGCUCGGUACGGCCCUUCCUGCAGGGGCGGUGACGGAGCAGAGCGCCGGCGGGCAGCCCCGCUCCCCCGGGGGCGGCGGCGAGCCGGUGCGGUACCGGACUGCGGAGAUGGCGGACGCGAUGCUGGGCAGCGGGCUCCCCGGGCAGCAGGCCGUGGUGCUCUCGGUGGUGCCGGGGGAGGCGAGGGACGGCCAGACGUCCGCCGUCGCCAAGGGAGCUUGCGAUGCGGCGGCGGGAGGCGAUGCGUGCGGCGCCGGGAGCGGCCCGACGGCCGGCCUCGGCCCGGCGGGCGGGCAGGGCCGGGAGCAGGCCGUGCUGGAGACGGUGCUGCCCGCGCCCGCCGAGGAAUCGAAUAGCACCGACGGCACCAAAGCUCCCAAAGUGAACUGCGAGGAGAGGAACACUACCGGCAUCGACCGCUUCACCCUGCAGAUCCUGAACGUGUCUCAGGACCUGAUGGAGUUCUUAAAUGCAAACAGCAGUGACUGUACGUUAGUGUUGUUCUAUACGCCGUGGUGCCGCUUUUCUGCCAGUCUGGCACCUCAUUUUAAUUCUUUACCUCGAGCAUUUCCAACUCUUCGCUUCCUGGCACUGGAUGCGUCUCAGCACAGCAGUUUAUCAACUAGAUUUGGAACUGUGGCUGUACCAAAUAUCCUCCUUUUCCAAGGUGCUAAACCUAUGGCUAGAUUUAAUCACACAGACAGAACGCUGGAAACACUGAAAGACUUCAUUUUUAAUCAAACAGGUAUCGAAGCUAAAAGUGACGUGGCUGUGACCAAGGAAGACUGGGAAGGCCCCCUGCCUAGCGUUCUGACAAAAGGCAUAGACUGGCUGCUUCUGUUUUCCUUGCUGUUCCUGGCUAGCUUUGUCAUGUACGCUACCGUUCGCACGGAGAGCAUUCGGUGGCUGAUCCCAGGACAGGAGCACGAACAUCAGGAAUAACCUGAGAUGCUGAAAUAGGGACAGGAUUUCCUGCUUAUUGGUAAAGUGGGAAUUUAUAUGGACUAGAAGUACAUAGGAAUGAACUGUUGAAUUUGUUGGUUGUAAUUUAUAAUCUUGACUAAAAAUCUGCUUUAUUUAUCAACUACUGAAUCUGUAAAGAGCAAAUUGGUGGCGAUUAAUGUGGUAAGUAAACAAAUAUGAAAAAAAAUGAACCAAAAAAGUAUUUAUUAAGCUGCUCUGAUCAGCUUAUUUUUCACAGACCUUAAUGUAAAUAGGUGAUAUGGUUCUGCUUUGCCCUUCUGAGGAGGUCCCUGAGCUUUGUAGAUGAAGUGAGAUUUUUACAGCACAUUGGUCUCUCUGUGUGGCACUGCCUGGCACAGGAGCAGAGUUGCUUCUGCUCUGGUGGAAUCUGGGGAUCUUCUUUUACAGAUCCUACAGAUGUAUGAAUUAAAGCUUUGAUGCGGACGAUGUGGUAAAACACUAUAGAAUUAGGAUGUGUUAGCCCAUACAGCUUUUAGCUUGUGUAUUCCUGAAAUAUAACAUUUUAAAGGAAAACGCUGGUGAAUGGUGAUGUUGCUAAAUCAGUUUGACUGUCAGUAAAAUGAAGCAAAAGGUGUUUUAAAAGACAGUGUACUUCAAAUGAGUUAUUCUGCUCUAUACCAGCAAUAACAGUCCAAAAGCGCGUUACACAGCUCUUGACAGGGUGACUAUCUCCCACUGUUGGUGCUGGGUUUAGAUGCUGAUUUUCUUGCUCACUGUGCUCUAUGAGUUUUGACUUACUGGCAGGUCUUUAUCAGAUUUAAAGUAACUUCCAAAGCUUACCUCAUUGUGUUUGUGUGUAUACACAACUUAUUUACCACAUUCCUAUAGAAUUAAAUUGCAUUCGUUGUCCUUACUAUUUUUUUAAAUAAAUCAAGUUUUGAGUGUAACCUUUUAAGCCACUUUCUUACAGGACUAAAAACAUGCAACUUCUGAAGUACGGAUCACCUGCUGAAAUGAGCAAGACCAGUCUUGAGAUUUAUUUAAAUUUCUACUAGCAUGUUUGCUGGUUGCACAGUCUACAGCUGAGGCUACGUAAAGAAUUGAUAUGGGUUUUUAGUUCUAAUUAGUAUGGAAGACUUUGCAUAAGGUAUGGACUGGUACGUUGUGUGUUUUUUGGAUUAUUUGACUACGUAGCAUUUCUACGUGGUGGAGGCUUGCCAUAGUACCCUGAUAGUAACCUUUAGAGUGCAAAUUAAGCCAAGAAACAAAGACGGUGAUAAGAUUUAUUGUUUGACACAGAGCUCGUAUCCCUGCAAGGUGAUUCUUCAGGUAUUUUUCUGGUGGCCAUAUCCUUCCCCUUUGGAAACCCGAGGUCCUGUAUUUCUGUGUAUGAAAGGGAAACCGCACUGAUAAAACUUCGGCAUUACUGAAGAUAAAGCCAGGAUGUAUUUUAUUAAUAAAGAUCCAAGAUUUUGAGCAAUAA